AUGCCCAUCAGUGUUGACGAUGUGAUACAGCUCUUGUGCCAACUCGCUCAGAAGAAGGGGAUGAAAGCUGCUGUCAGACAUUCUGGUCAAGGAGCACUGCUGGCUGGUGCAACAGCAUUUGUUGGGGGUCUGAUGGGAGGUCCACCUGGAAUCGCUGUAGGAGGAGCAUUUGGUGGAUUGCUCGGUGCCUGGAUGUCUGCUGGACAGUUCAAGCCGGUCCCUCAGAUUUUAUUGGAAUUGCCUCCUGCCGAGCAGCAGAAGCUCUGUGAUGAAGCCAUUCAUAUUCUCAGGCAGUUAGACUGGACUGAUGCUGUUCAGCUGACUGCUUUGGUCAUGGGAAGUGCUGGUCUCCAGGAGAAGCUGACAGCAAUGCUGAUAAAUUACCUCUCCAAACAGCUAGGUGCAAGUGUACAGUAUGGAAAGUAA